AUGCUCUUGUUGCUCUUCCUGUUUGGUCUGGCUCUGGCUGCAGUGCCUCCUUCAGCUGACCAUCAACUGAAGCUACAGCGUGGCAAGUGUCCCUUGUUCUGGUUCAGCUUCAACGGCCGCUGCUACAAGUACAUCUCCACACGAGCGACCUGGGCUGAUGCGGAGCUCUACUGUGUGUCAGUGGGAGCCAACCUGGUGUCUAUCCACAGUGUGGAUGAAGAGAAUUUCAUCAAAAGACUGAUCGGCAAUUUUGACCAUACUUAUGGACUGACCUGGAUCGGACUCAGUGACCUCCACAAAGAAGGCAGAUGGAUGUGGUCUGAUGGGUCUCCAGUGGACUUUGCCUAUUGGAAAGACAAAGAGCCAAAUAAUCGGAACGGAAAAGAACACUGUGCUCACGGCAUGUUUGGCCAAGGUCUGCAAUGGAAUGAUGGCCCGUGUUCUCUUACUUACACCUCUGUUUGUGCAUCUCGCAUAACCUGUACUUAG